AUUCACGUGAUGCCGAACAAAGUCACGUGAUACACGGAAGUGAUACUGCAAGGUGUUGUUGUCGAUUUGGCCAUGUCGGAAGUGAAAUUGUCGUCGUCGCCCCAGAGCCCCGACUCUGGAUACGCAGACGACUGGCAAUCCGGUAAAACGUUGACCGAAACCAAUCUGCACAUGCUCACAACUCAAAACUGUUGUGACGUCACCUUCCGGGUCGGACCUAAUGAAAAGGUUAUCCAGGGUCAUAGCUAUGUCCUGAUCAGUCGGAGUGCUGUGUUCCACGCCAUGUUGUCGGGCCCUCUGGCAGAGAAGGAUGUCAUCACCGUCCCAGAUAUUGAAGAUGAAAUAUUUUAUGAAAUGUUGAAAUAUUUAUACACUAAUGAGGGUAACGUAACUCCAGAGAACGUGACGGGUCUGCUCUAUCUGGCCAAAAAAUAUUCCAUCGGAGGUUUAGAACGUCAGUGUUUGGAUUACUUGGAGAAGUCACUGAGUGCCGAUAACGCCUGUGUGAUCAUGGAACAAGCCCAUAGUUUUGACGAGAUGGAGCUCCAGGACAAGGCGCUGCAGAUCGUCAUCAGUGAAGGUGACGUCAGUCUCAGAACAUCCGGGUUCUCCCAGCUCUGUCACAGCUGUUUCCACAGGGUUGUCUCAUCGGAGGAUCUAGCCGUUAAACCGGAACACAUGUUCAGCGCCGCGAUGUCCUGGUCGGCGGCCGAGUGUGAGCGGAAGGGGUUGGAGGUGGUUGCAGUCAAUCAGAGGACCGUUCUCGGCGAGUCCCUCUACAACAUCCGCUUCUCAACUAUGUGUCGCGAGUACUUCGUAAAGCAGGUUGUUCCCACCGGAGUUCUGGUAGCAGAUGAAAGUAAUAAGAUCUUAUGUAAAUUUGUUUGCAGUGAUGUAGAUGUAUCACCGUUCACUGCCGAUCCGCGUCUAGGGGUGACGAAUAAAACAUUUACCGUCUCCAGGUUCCGCUCCAUUAGCACGACGUCACUCUUAUGUCAAGGUGACGUGGUGGAUUCGGUGACCUUGACCUCUAGUCAUGACCUUUACCUUCACGGUAUACAGUUAUACUGUCCUUUUAACGAGGUCGUCGCCAUGUACAGUGUUUUCAUCUCUGUGCGGAUCAGCCCCGGAACCCUCCUCCCCGGAUCCUGCUUGUCCACGACAAUUCAGGCCAAACCGUUUGAGAAGGCGGUGUUUGACGUCUACCUCAACGCACCUGUCAUCAUUCGGAAGAACGUACAACACAAGGUCGCGGUGCUGAUCAACGGGGGCUACACGUAUCAAGGCACGACGGGCCUGUCACGUGUCAUUCACGGAUCAAACUGCUUCCAGUUUACAGUUUCAACAGGUGGCCGCUUUAGGAGUUCAAUAUCGGAAGGGCAGAUUCCAGGGUUUAUUUUCAGCGAACCAUGACAGGAUUGGUUUAAAAGUAAGAUAAAUAUUUUAUCUGAUGCUUGUACAGGCCAUGUGUAACUUAAGGUACUGAUUCAACUUUGUUCCGCUAUUGUACCGCCACAUCAGUCGCCCGACUGCUAAAACAAACUUAAGAAAAGUCACGAUCUCACAACUGAACCCGCGUUAUUUGUUCGUACUCACUCAUCCAGGGGCGGUGGGGUAGCCUAGUGGUAAAGCGUUCGCUCGUCACUCCGAAGACCCGGGUUCGAUUCCCCACAUUGGUUCAAUGUGCGAAGCCCAUUUCUGGUGUUCCCCACCGUGAUAUUGCUGGAACAUUGCUAAAAGCAGCGUAAAACCAUAUUCACUCAUUCGCGCAUCCAUGGUUCAAGAAGGGCGAUGUAAUGAAGAAUUUUUAUCAGGAAGCGUUUAUCUCUCUGUGGUCUCAGUCUUAAUGCGAAUACCGCAUUACUGAAUCUUUUGGUGAAUGUUAUCAAUUACUUGCCCAAUCUUUGGCUUACAAACGCGGAUCUUCCCCGAAUGAACGAUUUGAAUUCAUCUUGCAUCCAUCCUCCAACCCUCUGGAAUGGGCGCUAUCAAUUUCUUGUCCAUUCUUUGGCUUACAAACGCGCACUCUUCCCCGAAUGAACGAUUUAAAUUCCGAGACAAAUCAAAUUGCGGGCGUGUCACGGAAUGUGGCGAUUAGUGACGAAUUGGAUCAGCCGAGUUAAAAGCUUUAACCGAUACAUAUCGUGUUUCUUGAUGGCCAAAGACCGAUACCCGCUUUACGUUAGAGCAACCGUCUGACUAUGUUGCAUGCACAUGGAUAGACAUUAGGCCUAUUUACUCCAGGAUUCUGUGAUAUUAACAAAGAGCGAGAGAGAGGAGAAAUUAAGUGGGAUUAUCUUUUUGACCUAGGAACCUGAAUUUGUUUGCCAAAUGUUUUACAUCUGUAACAAUGGCUCUCUGUAUUCUUUGUAUUCCGUAGAAUACGAGAUAUUAUAUAUGUACUUUUGUAUGCUUCAUAUCAGCGAGUUUCGUAAACGAGUUUUUGAACAAGUGUAUAUCACUUUAUGAUGGUUUCCUCAAUGUAUACUGUUUUCGAACACUGUAUAUUUAAGAUGCGCAUUCAAUACUAUGUGUUUUAUAAUUACAGGCAUUGUACUAUACAGACGAAAGUUUUAAUAUUUUUUCAGAUAUGUUUUCCACCAGUUGCUAGAGUUUUAACGUGGCCCUUACAUGAUACGGUUUUAUGGCAUCUUUUCAUGAAUCUGACGAUUAAUGGCUAUGUUCCCUUUUUCAUAUUGUGAUAUUACAUAUAUAUGCUGAAUUUGUCCUUACUGACGCUAGUCUUGUAUCGUUCUGUGUUGUGUAUCUAAUGCAUGUAUUUUUAUGUAGUGAACAUCAAAUAAUUACAUGUAUGUUGAUCCUACAAGUUUUUGUAACUAAGUCGAUUUUUGUCUUAGUUUUCAUCUUAGCCAGCGGACUUGCGAUCUUAGCCAGGGCUUUGUUCCCCGAAACGAUCUUAGCGUUGGGACUGUUGUAAGUCCCAGAACAUUAAUACGGUCGUAACGCUAAUGUCGCUUUUUUAGGAUGGAACCAGCUGUUAUAUAUGUACGGUCAAACCAUGUGAAAGGUCAGGAAGUGUUACCUGUAUAUUCGUCAGAUCAUAUCGUGUGUCAUGUCAAUGAUGUUUGAUUUUAUGAAUUUUAUUGGCACUUUUACGUGAGCUUCUAGAACUAUUAUUUUUCGGCCCGAACCUUUUGACGUACUAAGGAAAGCCUUUUGGUAUGGUCUGUACCAAAAGCUAUAUGCAUUGUAUGUAGCAUGUUUGCUGGCGUUAUUCUGUCGAGAUAUAUAUCCAUUAUAUGAUAGAUGCCAUGACGCAUACGUCACAUUAGACAAAGGCCUCCAUAUGGUGCCUAUAUUAUCUUUAGUUAAAAAUUACAAAAAUAUAUUUGAAAUCAAUUUAAAAUAACAAUAUUAAUUACAUUAUAUAU